GUCGACACCGUACCGGCUUCUGAAGGACAGGCAGAUGCUUCUGACGGAUUUUGGCAGCUUCUGUUUAUAAUAACCAACAUUAUAAACAGUCAUACUCACUGGGACUUCGACAGCGACAUUAAAAAAGCAUUAAGUUGUUAUAUCGUGCCUCCCAGUGUCAAUUACAACAUGUCAGGGCUGAAGUAUCACAUGUCUCUGCCGGUGGCGGUGGGCGUCCUGCUGGUGGGCCUGCCCUACUCCAUCUCUGUAACUGCUCAGUGGUUGUAUGGUUGGCCCAACAAGCCUGGAUAUAAGAAGUACAUUGAAGCUCUAAAACCAAGGCGAAUCUACUGUUUGGCCAGAGCAGUGUUGGAGUCACUCAAAUACCUGCAGUACGGGAGACUUUACUUUAGGUGGAAGUCAUGGUACAAGGAUGAUGAAAACCGUAAGCAUUAUGAAAAGGGUAUUACCUUCGGCCGCCGAAGCAACAAACUGGACUUGUACCAUCCCCCUAAGAUGGACAGAAGUGGAGAUCAACCAUCGCCGGUUGUUGUUUUCAUCUAUGGUGGUGCGUGGGGUUCAGGUGAACGGUCCAUUUACUGUCUGUUGGCCAGACACAUGGCUGAAGAACUGAGUGCCACUAUCAUCUGUCCGGACUACUGCACUUAUCCAAACGGGAACGUCUUAGGGAUGGUCCAGGACAUCGCAGACUGUUUAGUUUGGGCCAAAGAGAACACACAGAAGUACAACUUCAAUCAAGACAACAUAGUGUUAAUGGGCCAUUCAGCUGGUGCACAUCUGUGUGCUUUGACCACACUGUUUCUCACUGAUACAAGAGACGAACUGUUCAUAGAAACGAGCAAACAACAGAGCAUCGCACAGGCAAUUAGAGGAGUUAUUGGUCUGAGUGGUGUGUACAACAUCAUGGACCAUUAUGAGCAUGAGCAGAGACGAGCGGUUGAGUACGUCUCCACAAUGCACAAAGCCAUGAAUGGAGUGGAGAACUUCCCCUACUACUCACCUACACACCUACUGAGGAUGCUCAGUCAGGACAAACUCAACAGGGUGCCUCCAUUUGCAUUGCUUCAUGGGACCAAUGACAUCAUCGUUCCAGUGGAAUCUUCUAUAAGGUUCUCGGAGCUGCUGACAUCGCUGUCACUGAAGGUGUCUCUGUACCUGCUGCCGGGCGUCGACCACACGGAAAUGGUCACGGACCUGAUGGCGUUGGACAGACGCUUCUAUCAUCCCAUCUACAGCUGCAUCAAACAGGAGUACAGGAAGCUCCAGGGAGUCUGUUGACGUCCCAUCAGCCCCAGCACUGGCACCACUGACCUUCUCAUCUCAUAUUCACUGAUUGUGCCAUUGAUCUGUUUACUGUAUCUGAUCUAAUACCUCAACAUUAAUCACAUUUACCUGUGAUGUUACUUUAUUCUUUGGAGUUGUGAUAGCAUAAUCACCUUUUUUUAUGUAACUGAUUUCAGAAGUUUGACUUUUCAUCUUGAUUAUUUCAGCAUUAGUUUUGUUUUUUGGCAUGAAAUGAUUCCGAUCACAGUCUAGUGAAAUAAGUUAAUGUGAAGUGAAAUUGAACAGGAAGCAUUUGAACAGUGUUAUGACCAAGGUCAGUGUAUCUUGUGGUAAUUGGAUUUUCUUUUCAGAAACAAAAGAAAAACUGGUGGUUAAUUGAUUUUCAUUUUAAUAUAGAAGAAUUAAAAUUGAAUUUAAUUAUUUUUUCUUUUUCAGUGUCA